AACAUACAUUUGACAUAACAUAUUUUGUCAUUUUCCAAAUUCAAAUAACAAAUUGUAUGUUUUUUAGUUUUUAAUUUAGAAAAAGGUUCGAGGAAAGUGGAAACAAUGGCUAAAAGAUCUAAUCCUUACAGCGAAGAUUAUAUACAACAAAGUAAAACACACAUAGGAAUGAAGCAAUAUAAUAACAAGGAGGACAGGUUAAAGAAAGUUUAUGAGAAAACAUUGCAGUUGUUGUUCCAGGGAGCAAAGAAAAGCCUGCAACAUGACCAGUUACAGUGCACUGACAUCAGCUCCACUGAAAAGAAAGAUGGCAUGAAAUUUAAGCAACUGUUUAUCGGGAAGGAUGGUGGACUUUUGCAUUCUGGAACCUUGGCCACAGAAAAGAAGACAUCAGAACAGCUCUGCGCUUGCAGAGGGCUGGUGGUUGACAGCUGCGGCUACUGUGAGAGUGCACUGUGUGCUGCGUGCCAGCGACUGUGUGCAGUGUGCCAGCUGCUGUACUGCUCUAAAUGCUCCUUGAAUGGGUCUGAGGGAACAGAAAUAUGUGUUUCAUGUUACAGUUGAAGAAAAAUACUUUGUUUUUGUUAAUUGUAGUUAAGUAAAAAAAUGAAUGUUAUUUGUUUUAAUAAUUGUGAUACUAAUUUUAAUGUACUGUUUUUGAGGAGGCUUAAAGCGCGUUAAAAUACAUGAAUGAAUAGUUAAAGAUUGAAAUAAAAAACUUUUAAAUAUU